AUGAGAGUUUAUCUGAAUCUCAGUGUUACUGAAAAGAGUUACACUAAGCCAAGUGGAGAAAGGGUGAAGCCUUAUGAGACAAUGUGCCCUAAUGAUGGAUACAUCUAUAUUCGCAAUAGUGAACUCUUAAGUGGGCAGCUUGGGAAGGCUACUUUAGGGAAUGGCAACAAGGAUGGACUUUACUUGGUUCUUCUUAGGGACUACCAUUCACUUGCUGCUGCUGUUUGUAUGAAUCGCUUAGCAAAACUAAGUGCUCGGUGGAUAGGAGAUCAUGGAUUCUCAAUUGGAAUUGAUGAUGUUCAACCUGGGGAUAAUUUGAAUCACAACACAAACAUAAUCAUUUCUCAAGGGAAUAAAAAAUGUGAUAAUUUCAUACUCGAUUUUAAUAAAGGAAACCUCAAGUGUCAACCUGGUUGCAAUGCUGCUCAGACCCUUGAAGCUCAGAUCACAGGUGUCCUGAAUAAGAUCAGAGAUGAAACUGGAAAGGUGUGUAUGGAAAAACUACAUUGGAGAAACAGCCCCUUGAUUAUGUCUCAAUGUGGGUCGAAAGGUUCUCCUAUCAAUAUUAGUCAAAUGAUUGCAUGUGUUGGUCAACAAUCAGUUGGAGGUCAACGAGCUCCAAAUGGAUUUAUUGACCGAAGCCUUCCCCAUUUCCCCACAAACUCUAAGACCCCUGCUGCAAAGGGGUUUGUAGCAAAUUCUUUCUAUAGCGGUUUAACUGCUACUGAGUUUUUCUUCCACACAAUGGGUGGACGAGAAGGGCUUGUGGAUACAGCUGUUAAAACAGCUGAGACAGGUUAUAUGUCUAGAAGACUGGUGAAGGGAAUGGAGGAUCUGUAUGUCUGUUAUGAUGACACAGUAAGGGAUUCCAGUGCAAGUAUUAUUCAGUUCACAUAUGGUAGUGAUGGAAGAGACCCUUCUCAAAUGGAAGGAAAAGCAGGAUUUCCUCUCAACUUUGAUAGGUUGUUGAACAAAGUCAAGGCUACAUGUCCAGCUGGACAACACAGAGGCAUGUCUCCUACUGAGAUCUGUGAAAUGGUUGAUGAGCGUCUUUCAAUGCAUGAUAUGAGUACAGAAGGAGGUUGCUCUGAGGAUUUCAGGAGGAAGCUAAAAGAAUUUCUUGAAAAAAAAGCUGCAACACUAGAAUUCACUAAGAGAGUGCUUAAUGGUGAAGAAUCCUUAGUUCUAGAAAAUGUUGCUCAAAGCAUAUGUGGCAUCACUUCUCAGCAGCUCAAGGUAUUUUUGGAAGUUUGCAUUUCACGUUACCAUAAUAAGAAGAUUGAUCCUGGGACAAAUGUUGGUGCAAUUGGUGCUCAAAGUAUUGGAGAACCAGGAACACAAAUGACCUUGAAAACUUUCCAUUUUGCAGGAGUUGCAUCCAUGAAUGUGACUCUUGGUGUUCCUCGUAUAAAUGAAAUCUUAAAUGCCACCAAGAAAAUCAGGACACCUGUCAUUACUGCAAAGCUUACAUGUAAUGACAGCAUUCCAUUUGCAAGGCUGGUAAAAGGCAAAAUGGAAAGAACUCUCUUGGGCCAGGUUGCAAAGAGUAUAAAGCUUGUAAUGGGAUUAAGAUCUGCAUCUAUUAUUAUUUCUCUCGACACUGAAACAAUUGGAGCACUACACCUCUCCUGUAUAAAUGCAAAAACCGUGAAAGAAUCAAUACUAAAGACUCCCAGAAUCAAACUGAAGGACCAGCAUAUCCGCGUGGUGGAUGAUAGGAAACUUGAAGUGAAUAAUCCAUCUAUAUGUGAUAGAAACAAACUUCUUUUCGAUCUUCAAAUGCUCAUAAAUAAGCUUCCAUCAGUCAUUGUGAUGGGCGUUGGCACAAUUGAACGUGCUGUGAUAAACAAAAAAAAGGAGCGUGACAAGUUUAACUUGCUUGUAGAAGGGACGGGGCUCCAAGCGGUGAUGGGCACGGAAGGAGUGAAUGGACAUGAAACGACAAGUAAUCAUAUUCUAGAAGUAGAAGAGACACUUGGGAUUGAAGCUGCAAGAAGGUCGAUUAUUAAAGAGAUCCAAUACACAAUGGAAAGCCAUGGAAUGAGUAUAGAUAUUCGACAUAUGAUGCUUUUAGCUGAUCUCAUGACAUAUAAGGGAGAAGUAUUGGGGGUGAAUCGAUUUGGGAUUCAGAAGAUGAAAGAAAGUGUGCUGAUGUUGGCGUCAUUUGAGACAACAGCAGAUCUCCUUUUUAAUGCAGCAGUGAAAGGACAAGUGGACAAGGUAGAAGGCGUGAGUGAAUGUAUUAUCAUGGGCAUACCAAUACAGACUGGCACAGGAACAAUUAAACUCAAACAAAGGGAUGCACAAGUUGAGAAGAUGUGCAAGGGAUUGGAGCUCAUUUUAUCUGAAUGAUUCAUUCUCAUUUACAUUUUUAUCUGAGUGCAUGAAAAUACUUAAAUACUAGUGUGCAAUUUUUUUUAUAUGGAUUAAUUUUUUGGUUCUGAAUAUAUUGGUGAUCUUUUUUGUGUUUGGGUUUAUUUUCCUGGAUGCAUUUAUGAAUUAACGUGGAAC